GUCCUUUUCUGCGCGAACCGCAGAGGCUGAGGCAUAGAGAGAACUAGGCGCGGUAACCGACUUGCCUUGCGAGAGCAUCACCACUAAGGCACUUUGACUAUCUUCAGUCUUCUAAAAUGGCCACACCCGAAGAUAUCCAGGUGAAGGAGCUGGACAAACGUGCCUCAGGCCAGGCCUUCGAGGUCAUCCUGAACCCGUCCUCUCAGGAGGCCAGGGGAGACUUCCCCCUGUCCACCCCCAAGAAGAAGGACCUGUCUCUGGAGGAGAUCCAGAGGAAGCUGGAGGCAGCCGAAGAGAGGCGCAAGUCCCACGAAGCCGAGGUCCUGAAGCACCUGGCCGACAAGCGCGAGCACGAGAAGGAGGUGCAGCAGAAGGCCAUGGAGGAGAGCAGCAACUUCAGCAAAAUGGCGGAGGAGAAGCUCAACCAGAAGAUGGAGGCCAACAAGGAGAACCGCACCGCGCGCAUGCAGGCCAUGAACGACAAGUUCAAGGAGAAGGAUAAAAAACUGGAAGAGGUCCGACGGAACAAAGAGAACAAAGACGAAGAGGAGAACUGAACUGUACAUUGGGGAGUGCGGGGUAUAUAUGGGCUUUUUUACAUUUCCAAAGAGGAGUUCUCUCUCUUUUUUCCCUUCCAUUCUAUGGUCAGUAUUGAUUUUGUUUUUUAUUUUUUGGUUUUGUUUCACUGCUGUCCUUGGAAGGAAACAAAGAUCAAAUGAAUUUCCUCUUUUGUUUUUCCCGUUUUUGAGUAUGCUCAAGAUGAUUCGUCUUGUGGGUUUUGCUUGUCGCGUUGCAUCAGUUUUCCUGUUUGCCGAUUUGUCAAAUUGCAGCAUUUGACCUUCCUUUAAAUUAUCAGUCCUUACACCCGUGAGAAAGCAUGUUACUAUGCAUUGAUCCUUAACCUUAUCUAAUACACAGUGCAAGUUGGUAAUAUGAUACUAGAGCUAAAUAAAGUAGCACAGGAUAUGUAUUUUGACUUUACAGUAAAGUAUGUUACAGCUAUGUUGUGAUAUAUGAUAAAUGUUCUGCUCUGCUAACUACUCUGCCAGUACUUUUUCUUUUUCCUUUUCUGUGGGGGGGUGGGGGGGGGGCGUGUGUGCAUGCAGGGGGUAGGGGAGUAAGGGGUUCAGCAUCAAAGCAUUUAAGCACAUGACUUUGCCCGUGAAGUUUCCCCGGAAAGCUUCCCUGCAGCCGUGAGAACACAACAAAUGCAAUGGCAAUACACUUUGUGGCAAAUUUGUGGAUCACUAGUUGGCUUAUCCCGUGUACUAAAAAAAUGCAAAUAAAAAUUUUAAAAACCA